GUCUAUAUGUAUUUCAAUGGUAGACAAAGAGACUGAAUCAGAAGAUGAAGAGGGGGAAGAGGCAGAAUCCACAGAGGGAGAAAAAACACAUGACGUUGCCAAGAGAUCUUCAUGCCGUUGCCGUGGUCAUGGUUGGUGUCUGUACAGAAAAAACUAUUACCGCUACUUUUCAUCCAGAAGGACUUGGGCUCAGGCUCAGUACUACUGUAGGGCCAUAGGUGGAAACCUAGCAUCUGUGCACAGCACGUAUGAAAAUAAUGUGAUCCGUGCUGUGGCACGCAACAGAGCAGUAUGGAUCGGAUUCUCUGAUGCACAGCAGGUACAUUAG